AUGGUUAUUGACUUCGAUCUGAGUAGUUCCGUCUACACUGGAGACAGAGUUACUCUGACCUGUAAUCUGCUGUCUACUGGAUGGACUUUUCUCUGGUACAAAGAUUAUCAGAAAUCAAAUCCCCUGUCUCCUGGAACCACAGACAACAACACACUCAAUGUAACAGUCUCUAAUGAAGGAGGAACACAGUACUACUGUAAAGCACGCAGGGGAAACUACGACUCAGCGUACAGUGAUCCAAUCACAAUUACAGUGAGAGCGAGACCAAAGCCUGCAGUGAAAGUACAGCCAGCUGAGCGUGUGUUCAUUGGGGAAACCGUCACUCUCACAUGUGAGGUACAGACUGGAGAAUCCUGGCGUUACCUCUGGUAUAGAAAUAAUGAAGAACUCAGUGAUGCUGCAGGAAAGAAAACACACACAAUCACUGAUAUUAAAGACUCUGAUAAAGGUGAUUAUACAUGUAAUGGAACACAGUCAUCAGACCCAGAAUACACACAGACCAGUGAUGCUGUUACACUGACUGUAUCAGAAAAACCUAAACCUGAACUCACAUCAAGCCUUAAAGGAGCUGCACUGACAGGAAACUCAGUGACUCUGUACUGUACACUGAAGCCGCAGUCUGCUGGAUGGAAGUUUUACUGGACCGAACCCACACGGAGCCGUCAGACUGAGACAAAAACACACCUCUACACCAUCAGAUCAGUUAGUGUCUAUGAUCGAGGUUAUUACAAGUGCAUAGCUAGAAGAGGAAACCCAGUCUACUACACACACUACAGUGAUGCACUCUGGGUAAAUGUUAUUGAGAGUCCUCAACCUGUGGUGAUUAUAGAGCCUGGUACACAGGUGUACAAAGGAGAGACUGUGACUCUCAGGUGUAACAUACAGGGAGGAGGAGACACUCAGUGGACAUACAGCUGGAAGAAGAAUGAUUACACAGAGAACCUACACCACACAACACAGGAGUUCAGCAUCAGAUCAGUUACAGACUCUGACAGAGGUAAAUACACCUGCAGAGGGAGGAGAAGUGACUCUCAGAGCUCAGAGAUCAGUGCUCCUGUUACACUCACUGUAUCAGGUGAGUGUGUGAGUUUAUGUUAUUAGUUUUUGUUAUAAUAUGCUAUUAUCAUUUUUUUUAUAUGUAAAGUAUAUCAAUAAUUCCAGCUUUCAGAUUUGUUCCAGAUUUUUUUCAAUGAGCUACACUGUAACUGAGUCUCAUUACAACAACUUUACAGCUUCCUUCCGUCUGUUUACUCUUAAUUUUCACUUUUCUAUUUUAAAGACUAAUUCACUUCAGUACUGCUCAAGACAGGACUGAAGUGAAUUAGUCUUUAAAAUAGAAAAGUGAAACAUCAUUUCACCUUUGAAUUUAUUUUAAAUUGUUAGGAAAUAAUUGAUAUGUAUAAGAAACAUGUUUGUCACCUAAUAGUCAAGCUGAUGCUACUGUCAUGAUUCUGCAUGUUUUUCUGGCUUGAUAAGUGAACGUAAAAUCUUAUGUUACUGAGGACUUGUAGUGGAAGUGCUUGAUAGAAAUGACGACUUCAUUCAUGUGAUAUCAUCAGGAU